AAUCAGAACCGCGGAGUUGAUCGGAUACGAGUUUGUAUCAGAAUUGACAGUAGUGCGAGCACUUUAAAAGUAUACUGGAUUUUAAAAAUGAUUUUGUACAAAAAAUCAUACCUAAUUCCCUUGUUAAUACUUUGGAUAAAUUUACUCUACUGCAUUUGUGACAAUGUUAUUAAAAAAGAAACAGAAAGUACGCUUGAAAAACUGGUAAAACUUUUUACAGAGCCCGGAGCAUUUAAACGUGUCGGUGAAAUCCUCGGAGAAAAUUCAAUUGAAUCAGUAACAUGUGCCAAAGGUGACGAGGGUCUUGAUUGUAGAAGAGCCGAAGCAAGAAGAUCUGUCGAUUGUCCUGACGGUGACUGCUACUGCUACAAUUGUUCAUUAGCGGGUCCAGAACUAUGGGCAUCCUGCUGCCGUGAAAGCUCAAAAUGUUGCUCUUAUUUGGCGGCAGCUUGUCGCAACUGCGACCAGCCUUCGCUGUUUUCUUUUUGCUCAAAACAUUUCAAAAAAUGCUUAAAUGAAUUGAGAGAGAGUGACACGGUGACGACUACCAGCGGUACCCCGACUAUAUAA